AUGAUGAAGGGAGCACUGCUUGUGCUGAUCUUGAUGGUGACCAGAGAGCUAAUGUUCCAGACGAGUGAGGCGGAAGCCUGCCCUAUUUUUUAUGAAGUGUUUGGCACAGUGAGCCUUGGAAGCAAAAUGUUGUUGAAUGCAACACUUGAUUUGGUUGCUGCUACUGGUGAGGAAAAAGCAGCUCUAGGAAAAAUCCAGGAUUGCUACAAUGAGGCGGGAGUUGAUGGCAAGUUUUUGGAUCUGCUCCUCAUGGUUUCCAUCAACUUGAGUACGGAUUGCAUCAAACAUUCAGUCUCCUCAGUGGUGAAUUCCAUUUUAUGA